AUGCAGUGUUUAAAAGCAUUAGAGGAACUGCAUAAAGUUGGCUUCGUACAUCGUUCGGUGAAUCCUUCAACAUUUGCUAUUGGACGAGUGAUCAAUGGGGAUCCAAAGGAUCUGCGCAAUGUGUACAUUCUGGACUUUGGAUUCGCUCACCAAUAUCGAGAAGCUGACGGCACCCAUAAACCUCCGCGACAGAAACCAUCGAGAUACAUCGGGAAAGCAAGAUACGCUCCAAGGAAUGCUUACCUGAAUCGGGAGCUUAGCCGGAUGGACGAUUUGGAAAUGUGGUUAUAUGUGAUCGUGGAACUCGUCAAAGGAGCAGUACCAUGGGUACAUCAGAGGAACCCCAAGGAUAUUUUCGACUAUCAGAAAUCCGUCAGAACAGGACUAGGACUGCGCGAAUUUCUAGGCGGGUUGCCCGUGGAGUUUGUGGACAUCAUGAAGGAAGUGGAUAAGCUGUCGUAUGCUGACGAGCCGAACUAUAGUGAGAUCUACGGUCUUAUUGGCAACGCAAUAGUGAUGAGUGGGGAAAAGGAAUUCCCAUAUGACUGGGAGGAAGGCGAAAUUGAAGCUGAGAAAGCCGGUGAAGGACCUACAGCACCACUGAAGAAAGAAGACGGCGGGCAAGCGCAGGCAGCAGCAAAAUAG